UUUACCUCAAGGUCCAGAAAAUUCUUGUUAUCCAGCCUUAAAUUCAGUUUUAAUCAACAAUAACGCACAAAAAGAGUUUAAGUUGCACAAUAUUAAGUUGAUGCAACAUCAUUUAAAUAAUAUUUGUAACUUAAAUCGUUUAUCUAAAUCAGUAAAUUAGUAUUCUUCUCUCGCAGCCAUGUAUUUAUUGAAAUGGUGCUGAAUUAACACGAAUUAUUUUAUAGAUUUUGGACUUUUAAUCUGAAAAACUCAUUUCAGCAUCAACUCAGACAGGAAGCUCAUCAUUAGUCACCUGCUCAAGAUCAAAUAUCUCAGUUUGAAAGUUUUAUUUUAAUGUUCUCAUGUUAAAAAAACUGUUGCUCUCUUCUUUUUUUUGGUCAAAUGCAUGAUGUGGUUAAAAUGUUCCUGCAGGAUGAAUUCAUCUUGUUUCAUGUCUUCAGUAGAAUAAAGACGUUUCAACUCCGGGGUCUGACUCUCAACUUCGCUUCACGCGCAGAAGUUGAACUUGCGCGCGUGCAUGAUCGCUCGUGCACGCUCCUGAGCGUGCGUGUCGGUGCGUGUUGGAGGGUGGGAGGUAUAAAACGGGUCUAACAGGCCGCAGAGCUGCAGAGCUGCCGUCCGGACUGAAGCUUCUCCUCCAGGCAUGAUGUUCCCCUGCAGCGCGCUGCCGCCGCCCCUCUACCCGGGCUUCCUGCGUCCCCCGGCGGGUCUCUCCUCUCCCAUCAACCGGUCUCUGCCCUCCGGCUUCCUGGUGGAGGAUCUGCUCCGGCUGCAGCCCGUCGGUUACAUACAUCGGACUUUCUCCUCCAGGAGUCCCGGGGACAUCCUCCAGCUCAGCACCGGGCCGGGCUCCUGUCCCCGGGCGUCUGGACCCGGAACAGACCGGUCAGUGCUGCAGAGCUCCGGGCCUCCGAACCGCGGCAGCCCCGGACCUCCGCACACCGCCUGCCCCGACUCCGGGUACCUCAAGUUCGGCGUCAGUGCGAUCCUGGCCCCGUCAACACGGAGCGUCCAGAGUCUUCAGACCAAAUCCUUCCCACUGCCGUUCUUUGAUGGGACUCUUCAUCCUUUCAUCAGAGCCUCUUAUUUCACAGCUUCCUCCUCGGUGGUUCCGGUUCCGGGGACGUUUUCGUGGCCUCUGGCCCCCAGAGGGAAGCCCAGGAGGGGGAUGCUGAGGCGGGCCGUGUUCUCAGACCUGCAGAGGAAGGCGCUGGAGAGAACCUUCCAGAAACAGAAGUACAUCAGCAAACCAGACAGGAAGAAGCUGGCCGGGAAGCUGGGACUCAAAGACUCACAGGUGAAGAUCUGGUUCCAGAACCGGAGGAUGAAAUGGAGGAACUCGAAGGAACGCGAGCUGCUGUCGACCGGAGGCUGCCGCCAGCAGACGCUCCCCACCAAGACCAACCCCCACCCGGACCUCACCGACGUGGGCUCCGACUUCUGCAGCCGGCUGGGCAGGACGACGGCCGAGAGCCAGGAGCCGAACCACCUCCACCACCAGAACCUUCACCACCACCACCACCACCACCACCACCAUCAUCUUCAUCAGCAUCAGAGCCCUUCGUCUCCAUCGGAGUCCAGCAAACAGUCGGAGUCCGACGGCGAAGAAAUCACCGUUUCCUGAAGCAGCGGCCGAAGCUGCUCUGUACAUAGAUGUAUGUUCUGUUUAUAUCCUCGCAGUAAAUAAACACAGCUUUAGAUUUAAUAUUUGUAGAGCGAAAUGUUUUAAUAUACAAAAUGUUUCUCACUUCUUUAUAUUUUCUCAAAUAAACCCUGAAAAGUCUCA